UGGCAUGUGGUUAUCAGGCCGUACUGUAUUCGCCGCUUUUUAGUGUCACGAAUUAAAAAUAUUCAAUUAAAAUCAAUGCAAAUCCUGAAAUGAGUUUUAAUUUCAAUAAUAUAUAAUAAUUCACAUUCUAUUUACUGACUGCCAUAGUUAUAGUUUUAGCCAAACUCUUGUCUAAUUUAAGUACAGUUAACUCAACUCCUGAAAAAUGUCUAUUGAAAUCGAGUCUGCUGAUGUCAUCAGACUUAUACAGCAAUAUUUAAAGGAAUCAAAUCUAAUGAAAUCUUUGCAAACUCUUCAAGAAGAAACCAGUGUAUCGUUAAACACAGUAGAUAGUAUCGAUGGUUUUGUCGCAGAUAUACACAACGGUCAUUGGGAUACAGUGUUAAAAGCAGUACAGUCUUUGAAAUUACCUGAUAGUAAAUUAAUCGAUUUGUAUGAACAAGUUGUAUUUGAACUAAUAGAGUUACGUGAACUUGGAGCUGCUCGAUCACUAUUGCGUCAAACUGAUCCUAUGAUUGCUUUAAAACAACAUGAACCUGAUCGUUAUAUACACCUUGAAAAUCUUCUAGCUCGGUCUUAUUUUGAUCCUCGUGAAGCAUAUCCUGAAGGCACAUCUAAAGAAAAACGUAGGAUUGCUAUUGCUCAAUCAUUAGCUGGUGAAGUAUCUGUAGUACCAUCAUCAAGACUCUUAGCACUAUUAGGUCAAGCAUUAAAGUGGCAACAACAUCAGGGUCUUCUACCUCCAGGUACUUCAAUUGAUUUAUUUAGAGGUAAAGCAGCAGUUCGUGAUCUUGAGGAAGAAACAUUCCCUACUCAACUAUUUAAACAAAUUAAAUUUAUCCAAAAGAGCCACGUUGAAUGUUCUAGAUUUUCCCCAGAUGGCCAGUUUUUGGUGACUGCCACAGUUGAUGGAUUUAUUGAAGUAUACAAUUUUGUUACAGGAAAAAUUAGAAAAGAUCUUAAAUAUCAAGCUCAAGAUAAUUUUAUGCUUAUGGAAGAUGCUGUACUAAGUUUAAAUUUUUCUCGUGAUAGUGAAAUGCUGGUGUCUGGCUCUCAGGGUGGAAAGGUGACUGUUUGGAAAAUAAUGACAGGACAAGUAAUGCGAAAAUUUGAAAAAGCUCAUGUACUAGGAAUUACUUGUGUACAAUUUUCUCGAGAUAAUACACAAAUUUUAACUGGUUCAUUUGAUAUGACUAUAAGAAUUCAUGGCUUGAAGUCAGGUAAAACGCUUAAAGAAUUUAGAGGACACACGUCAUUUGUUAAUGAAGUCGUUUAUACUGUUGAUGGUCAUAGUGUAAUAAGUGCGUCUAGUGAUAGUACUGUAAAAGUAUGGAGUGUAAAAACAACAGAAUGUACACACACCUUUAAAUCCAUGGGAGCAGCCGAUGUAGCUGUCAAUAAUGUACAUCUUUUCCCUAAAAAUCAAGAUCAUUUUGUUGUUUGUAACCGUUCAAAUACUAUUGUAAUUAUGAACAUGCAAGGCCAAAUCGUUAGAUCAUUUACAAGUGGUAAACGUGAAGGUUGCAAUUUUGUAUGUUCCACGGUAUCACCUAGGGGAGAUUGGAUAUAUGCAGUUGCUGAAGAUUAUAACUUGUACUGUUUUUCUUUAAACAGUGGGAAAUUGGAAAAAACCUUACAAAUACACGAAAAAGACGUCAUUGGACUAACACAUCAUCCUCAUCAAAAUUUAUUAUGUACCUACUGUGAGGAUGGUAUGGUACGAUUAUGGAAACCUUAAAUUGUUUAUGUAUAUUAUCCUAAUAGUAUAAAAAGUAUGAUAUAAAUUCAAACAAAAAUUGGACUCAUUUAAUAACAUUUAAUGAUAAUUAUUUAAUAAAUAUAAAAUAUAGGUAAUGUGCUUUGAGUAUCAUAUUGUAAUUAAAUAAAAAUUAGUUUAAUUACUUUUUAAAUUUUAUUAAUUUACCUAUACGUAAUGUAUUGAAUGUGCACUGUAAACUAUAAUCUUUUAAUACUAAAUAUAUCUUGGACCAUACUUUUAUUAGUAAAUAAUGGUAAAACUAAUUUUUUCCUCUUUAAUAUUUAUAUAUACUCUAUUCCAAAUAAGAUCAGCCUUACGUAGCGAUCAGUUUUCUUCUGGGGAAGCGGUCAGGCUCCCCCACCUAGUAGUUGUUCGACUGCAGCUCUACCAGCGACGGAAGCCACGCCCAUACGCACAACUCGGCCGCCGAAGGCUGAUCUUAAUUAGAAUAGACUAUAGACUGAUUAUGAUUAUGUAUCCCCAAUAUUUUGCUUUAUUUAAAACCAACAUAUUCUGCCAUAGACAGACUAUACCGAAUAUAUAAUAAUACAGUCACUCAAUAAUUCAAAAUUCAGAAUUCAGAGAACCAAGCUAAAAAUUCAAUUUACCCAGUGUUCAAAUAAUCAA